AUUCCACCUUUCAAAUCAAAUCCCAAAAUCUCUCUUCAUAUCAUCAUUCAAAUGCCUAAUUAAUUACGCAAAAAUUCGCCAAACAGAAGGAAUUGUCGAGGUCUCACCUCACCAUGGAUAUGCAAAAUACAGUGGAUGGCGGCUGUGGAAGUAUAGAAACAUCAGCAGUAGGUAACUCGACUUUAUGCGUAGCUGACAGAAACCAUGAACCCUAUGAGGGUAUGCUAUUCGAAUCAGAAGAUGCUGCAAGAGCGUACUAUGAUGAAUAUGCUGAACGGAUAGGUUUUGCAACCCGCAUUUUAUCAUCCCGUAAGUCAGAGCGUGAUGGGUCAAUUAUAUCCCGUGGGUUAGGAUGUAGAGGGAUUCCUGAUAAUCAUAGGUCAGAUACCAUUCUCAAUGAAAAGGGAGAGAAAAGACGGGAAAUUUGUACGGCGAUGAUUGUAGUUAAGAGAGACAAGCCAGGGAGAUGGAUUGUUCGGAAAUUUGUGAGGGACCAUAAUCAUCCCUUG